AUGAUCAACUGUGAUGCUUUGUUCAGUACCAUAACGACUGAUGAUCAACCAUCAACCCCUCCCUCAGUGAACAUUGAUGUCUCGCAGAACACUUUUCCAAAGGAUACCUUUCCCAGAGGCCACAAUAUUAAACAGACCAGAUUCAUAACGCAAUCGAGUGAAACAUUUGCUUCUCAUGAACAGGGAGCAAACCAGGAUGAGCCACGCGACCUCCUAAAACCUCCUCCCCCAGCUUCAGGCGGCAAAGCAAAUUUAAGCAAAUUUUCAUGCUGCGCAGUGGCGUAUCCCGAUGAUCCUGUUGAGGAUCAUGUCACUCUACCUAGCACAACUAAAACUGGUGCAAAAGAAACUAAUCAAGAGGGGGGAGGACCUGUGGUUGGAAAUUUCAGAGGACUUUCGUCUUGCUUCACGUCUCUAAGUCGCUAUGGAUAUGAUCGCAAGCAUACAGGCCCCUUGUUAAAGCUCAAUAUCAGUGGAACACCUUUCAUUGUUAAAGUUAGCACCCUGAGGCGAGAUCCAAUGGUCUUUGAGAAAAUUCUUGAAGACGCAGAAUACAUUUCGGACACAGAUGAAUAUUACAUGGAAAGAGAUCCAGUGGUGUUUCGGUUUGUGCAUGCUUAUCUGCGAUACCAAGAAAUGCAUUUACCCCUCAAUAUCUGUGGUCCACUAUUGGAAAGAGAGCUUGAAGCUUGGGGUCUGCAAUUAGGCUUUGACUUACAAAGGUGCUGCUUGGGUCCAGUAAUGGAUACCAAGUCCAAAUUGGAGUCAUUGAAAAAAUUCGAGGAGGCUUUUACCGAAACUUCCGCUGUUUACAAAUUUCGCUGUCAAAUAAGCAAACGAUGGCAAACAUUUUGUGAGAAUGUUUGGCGUGUGAUCACCGAUACUCCAAAAAAACGUUGGCUGGCGACGUCAUCCACUGGCAGUGCUUUGUCCAAAGACAACUGCACGGAGACUCUACAAGAUGAAGGAAUCUUAACCCUAGAUUCUUACCUCGUUAACGGAGCUACCGUUCCUUCAGGAGCCCCAACCCACCCUAUGGAUGGAGAGGAAGCUGAAAAUGGAGGCAGUGAAACCGGUGAUCGCUUCUCAAGCAACAGGCCCUUUAACUGGCGAAGUCUUCAAAAGACCCCCAAAGUGAUUAUUUUCAGUCGGUUGUAUGUGGCGGGCCAAGCUUUGGUAGUUAUGUCUCUCAUUAUUUACAUGGUCAUCGCCUAUGUACCUAGUCUUAGGGAACCACUUGGUCCACCAAUGAAUGCUAAACUAAACGAAAGCGACAUGGGUACGUACGGAACGUUCCCCGUUUCCAGAUCCUACGCCACCUUCGACACAGAACAAAGACAGGCUACACAACCAGUACUAGCAAUUCGAGUACUCACUUGGAUCUGUGUUAUCCUUUUUACCCUUGAUUUGAUAGCCCGUGCAAUAUUCUGUCCACACUUCUUCCGAUGGCUGCUCUCGAUUUAUACCAUAACAGACAUAAUUUCUCUCAUCCCCUUCUACGUCGAAGGCAUUAUAUUUGCUCUCAUAGAGCAAAUGUCCCCCUCCCCCGAAACGACAGCCAAGGUACAAAAAUUGUUUUACAUUACUGACCUAAUCAACGUGCUCAAAAUCUUUGUCAUCGGCCGACUCUUUCGACUUCUGCAGCGACAACGAUCUACUCGGGUCUUGAUUUACACCAUCAGAACAGCCUCUGUAAACAUGUUCAUGGUGUUUGAGCUCAUGGUUCUGUGUGCGAUUUUCUUCGGCACGACAAUAUUUUUCUUCGAUCAAGGCAUAUCGAGCGUGUUCGUGGGGAUAUGGUGGGCAUUUACAACGAUGACCACUGUGGGCUAUGGUGACGUAACACCAUCUUCGGUGCCUGGUCGCGUGAUAGCCGUGCUCUGCAUGAUUGCCGGUAUACUCCUGACAUCGUACACGGUACCCGUCUUGGUUAAUGACUUCCUCCUUUUCUACGGUCAUGCCGAUCAACUUGCGUGGAUGCGAAGAGUUCACAGGACGGCCACUGCAAAGCGUCGAAACGAGAGGCGUGAUUUGAUGGCGAAGAGACGAAUAACGCGAGUUCGAGCUUUACUAAAGAACGCUGUUAUUGGUGUCGGAACUGCACUCGAUGGAGAAGGAACGAACAGAGGGAGUGGAGGAGACUAUGGUUUCAAAGCAGGUCAAAUGUUUCACAGGAAUGGUCUAACACUUGGCCAUACCAAAUUCAGAGAUUCACCAUCAAAAUGA